UUUCAGCCCUCCACACCCAAAUCUCUGGAAAAUUCCUUGAGUUUGCAGUCUGCUUCUGAGCUGAGAACAGCUGAGCAAGACAGGAACAGGCUGAAGCAGCAGAAGGAAAGGCAAAGCAGCAAAUGUAAUAUUUGAUUUCUAAGUGUAGAUUCUUAUUUGAUAACCUUGGAAUAUGGGUUGGAGGUGUGUGUAAUUGGGAGGUGACUUCAGUGUAGCAUAGUGCAUAGUGUCUCUAUCGUUGUGGACUGAUCAGCUGUGAGGACUGAAGGAGAGAAACUGCUGCUUUUCUCGACAAAAAGAGAUUCUCACGUGAAGCCAGUGCCGGGGAAAAAAGCUUGUCUUGUAUUUCCUGCUCGUCAGUCACCCUGGGGAAAGCAACGAUCCUCCGACCCCCCCGACUCCCCCCUUCCUCUUCACCAUCAACUUCAUUGACGGUUACAGCGUUGCAUCGCACCCUGAACUCAGUUAUCAGGUGGAAGAGGUUGCGGAUCCCCGGGUCGCCUAUCAUGCACAUCAAGGCGACCAAGUGGAACCGCUUCUGCCUGGUAGCAUCAGUGACCAACCAGGAAGUUUUUCACCACCCUGAGGUGCAGGCUGGUUUUGAGGCUCUGUUCCGUUCAUUUGACCCAGAGGUGCAGUUCCAGUACUUCAAGUCCUUCCGGCGGAUCAGGAUCAGUUUCAGGAAUGCUUUGGCUGCAGCUGAGGCAAGACUCCAACUGCAUAAGACAGACUUCAAUGGCAAAGAGAUAAGACUCUACUUUGCUCAGUCUGUCCACAUAGGAAGUCCUCGUUUGGAGCCUCCGAAACCAGAUAAGCAGUUCCUGAUCUCACCUCCUGCCUCUCCUCCAGUCGGCUGGGAACAGUCUCAGGACGCCACACCAGUCAUCAACUAUGACCUGCUGUGUGCCAUCUCUAAGCUGGGACCAGGGGAAAAGUAUGAGCUUCACACUGCAACACCCACCACUCCCAGCGUGGUUGUCCAUGUCUGCGACGAUGAUCGCGGUGACAGCUCGGCCCCUGAUGACAGCGACCAGGAUGACAAGCCCCGCCCCCCACGACCAAAGAUCAUCCAGACUCGACGGCCUGACUAUACACCUAGAGUUGAGCAGUGAGCGAUGGUUGAAGGGGAAGUGUACUGUGACAGCAUGUGUCAUGAGCUGAGCAUGCUUGCAGAGAUUUGGAUAAGGCUGGGGGACUUUGAGAAGAUGCCUGUGGGCGCUGCACCGUCCAGCUGAAAAAAAAAAUAUAUAUAAGAAAUUGAGAGAAAACCUAGCAUUGCAUGCUGCAUUUGUGUCUUGUGAGAAAGAUGGGAUUUAUGAAGUUCCUAGUAUAAGGAAGUUUCGUCAUCAGAUUGACAUAUAUCUCUGAAAUUGAUAUUUAGAAGUGGUCAGGUAAAAAAAUCAUAAGGCAUCAAUGCAGCAUUGCUUGCGUUUACCUCUUCUACAGGCGGAAGAGGGAAAUGGUUUCAGUUGAGUUACUAUGCGACUGUUGAUAUCUGCUCUGGUGCUCCAUUUGUCUGUUAUUAAGGUGUGAAGCUACCUGCUUCGGCUUUUUCACAUUUCAUUGACCUGUAUGCUUAUUAACAUGAAGUCAUGAUGGUAUCCAUCACUCUUCACUGUUGUCUGAUGUGUCUCCUUGGCCUUCAAGACUGCUUUGUACUAAACAAAGCUGGCCUUCCCCUCAGCUUACAAUAUCUGCUGCGACUCAAACACUGCUCCAUAAUAAGCAGUUUGUACCCACUGGAUUAUUCCUGGAAUCCUCUCUAAAGUGUUAUUUGGAGAUUAGUUCACUUUUGCUAUAGUCUGUGUGUCUUUUUGGUUGUGCUGUAGCAAACAGCUGUUAAGGGCAUCCACAUAGGAAAUGAUUUGUAACGGCAUGCCAACCCUGAAUUGGAUAAAGGGAAGAGGGUGGAUGGAGGGAUGGAUGGAUGGCAACCAGAGACCAUAGAACGUCACUGACAUUCCAGAACUUCAAGCAAUGACUGGCAAGAUAGCUGCUGGUGACAUGAAGUGUGCCAGUCUCAAGUUAACCUUUGAGGCAAGUGAAUGAAGUGGCUACCAUUGAGAGUAAAGAAUACUGUUGAUUGACAUAUGAUAGGGUGGUAAAUUCAAUUAAGUUCAGUUCAGUUUUUUUGCAUAGCGCCAACUCUCAAGAACAGUCGCGUCAAGAUGCUUUAUAUUGUAAGGUACAGACCCUACAAUAAUACAGAGAAAACCCUAGCAAACGGACCACCACCUAGGAGCAAGCACUUGGCAACAGUGGUAAGGAAACACUCCUUUUACUAGGAAGAAACCUCUGGCAGAACCAGGAUCAGGGAGGGGCAGCUAUCUGUUGUGAUCGGUAGGGGGUGAUUGGAGGGAGACAGGACAAAAGACGCGCUAGAGAAGAUGAUUAAAUGCUCCCUCUUUCUAGUCCCGGUUAGUACUCUCACUGCAGUGUUCUGGUUCAAUUAAAGGCUUUUCAGGGAGGUUUUAGGGCACCUGAUAAUAAUGAUUUACAGUAGUCCAGCCAAGGAGUAAUAAAUGCAUGAAUUCGUUUUUCAGCAUCACUUUGAGAUGGGAUGUCUCUAAUUUUAGAGAUAUAUCGCACAAAUGAAUGAAGGCAGUCCUACUUGCUUAAUAUGUAUUUCUGAACAAAAAUGAUUCCAAGUAUCUAAACAGUGUUACUGGAGGCCAAGGAAAUGCCAUCCAGUGCCAGUAUCUGGUUAGACCCCAUGUUUUCAAGAUUUUUAGGACCUAGUACAAUAUGUCUGUAAGACAUAAAGGCCUAGUUUAACUAGUUGAUUUGUAUCACCUGGCUUCAUGAAUAAACAAAAUUAAAUCUAAAAAAAACUCUGUGUCAUAGCAGUGAAAAUGUUUGCAGUGUUUUCUAACAAUAAUGUCUAAGGGAAGCAUGCAUAUUGUAAAAAGUAUUGGUUCCAGCAUAGAAUCCUGUGGAACUCUAUGAGUAACUUAUGUGUGAGGAAGACUCCCCAUUUAUGCAAUAAAGCAGUCUUAAAUACUACUUCUUAAAUACUUGUGCAUUGAAGAACAUAUCCUGAUCAAAAAUAACUCCAAAAUUCCUCACAGUGUUGCUGGAGACCACGGUACUGUCAUCCAGACUGACUAGUUAGAGCCCAUGUUUCUAAGAUUUGUAAGGCUGAGUACAAUAACCUCAGUUUUGUCUACUGCACGCUCUAAUCUCUGCAAGAAAAUAGAAUCAACAGUAUUGAACACUGCACUGAAGUCCAACAGGACAAGCACAAAGAUGAGUCCCCUGUCAGAGGCCACAGGAGGAUCAUUUGGAACCUUCACUAAUGAUGUUUCUGUAGUUGUUUUGCUACUCUUUGAAGAAUUUUUGAGCUAAAUGGAAGGUUGGACAUUGGCCUGUAAUAAGCUAAGACAGCUGGGUCAAGGGAUGGCUUUUUUAGUAAUGGUUUAAUUACUGCCACCUCAAAGGCCUGUGGUAUGUCGCCCUUUAUUAGAGAUAGAUUGAUCAUGUUUAAGAUUGAAGCAUUAAUUAAUGGUAGGACUUCAUUGAGCAGUCUUGUAGGAAUGGGGUUUAAUAGACAUAUUGAUGGAUUGGAGGAAGUAACUACUGAAGUUAGCUUAGAAAGAUAAAUUGGAGAGAGUCUAAAUAUCAGUAUUAUUUAUUUUAAAUUAUUUAUAAAUAAUUAAAUGAAGAUCUUCCCGAUUAGUGAGACACCAUUUCCUCUCCAGCUUACAGGCUAUCUGCUGUAAACCGCGUGUUUGUGAGUUAUACCACGUUCCAGCACUUCUGAUUUGAGGCUUUCUCUUGCAGAGGAGCCACAGUAUCCAGAGCCAUAUGCAGUGAGGAUGUUAACGCUAUUAGCAAGAUAAUCGACCUUUGUGGCAGUAGAGCUCUGAACUCGGCACUGAAGAUAACAGUGGAGGAAUUAUAUCCUUGAACUUAGUUACAGCACUUUCAGACAGACAUCAACUAUAAUAAAAUCUAUUCCCCACUGUUGUUUAAUUCAUUAUUGUAAAUUCAAAUGUUGUUAAGAUUGAUCAAAUGAUCAGACAAAAGAGUUUUUUUUUCUUUUUCAAAAGAGGGUUUUUAAAUGUACACCAUGCCAUAUAUCAGAACAAGAUCCAGAGUAUGAUUAAAGAGGUGGGUGGGCUCAUUUAAAGUUUUAGAGAUGCCAAUUGAGUCUAAUAAUAGAUUAAAUGCAGUGUUGAUGCUGACAUUUUUAGCAUCGUCAUGGAUGUUAAAAUCACCCACUAUAAUUACUUUAUCCUUUGACUUCAAGGAUGCUGACUCCUGCUGUAACCAGGCAGAAUAAAUCAAUAUGUUCCCAGUUAUUUAAAUCAUUUAUUAACAGGGACUUAGAGGAGAGAAACCUAAUGUCAUACACAUUUAGCUGCAUUACUUUUUGGUUCAAUUGAGGAUGCUAUAUUGUUCUUUGUGAAUUUUAUGCUUAAAUAGUUUUUUUCUGAUUUUGUGUUUGUUUUUUGGUGGACUGGGAGCAGGCACCGUCUCUUUGGAGAUGGGGUUUUUGGGGCGAUGACAGGAGGGUCAGGUUACCUUGAUAAAUGCGCUAGGUUACCUUGGCAGCUGAAGCCUGCAACGUCUGCUAGCCACCAACUGUCAACGACAAGUGAUACGUGACAAGAGAAUCACUUCCUGUGUGGAUGCCCCUUUGCUCUUUUAUUUGAGCUAAAAUACAUUAAAUAUUUGUGUGUGAAUGUCAAAUGCACACACUCACCUGUUAAUGACACAGAAUAUGAUAUGCUGUUGUUUAAAGAAAAGAAAGAAGCAGGGUUGACCCUCUUUGUCACGUGGGGGUUAAAUUGUAUUCUGAAAGAAAAGUCCUUCUGCCAAUUUGUGUGGGAGUGCUGUUGUUCAACCAGUGGCUCAGGGCUCAAACAAACUGCCCGUUCUUUUGGGCCCAUUUUGAAGAGUGUUUGUACCUGUGGUGCCUCCAGCUCAUGCCCUGAGGCCUGUGCUACGAAGCAGGAUUCUGUCUAAUCUAGGUGACUUCAGGGUUAACCCUGGGUUUUCUUUACAGCUAAGGUGGUUCACUUCUUACCAAUUCCAUUCUUGCCAUUUCUUGUUGUAACUUAUGCUGCAAACCUAACCUGCUCUGGAGUAGGCUUUGGUUGAGAUUAGAUAUCAGCAGGUAUGAAAUCACCGCCUGUUUACCAAUCUUUUCUCCAGCAACUAGCAUCAUUAUUCCUGGAAGAUCCCUCUGACCUCUGUUCUUGGAUAGUAGGAGGGUCUAAUUUUUUUUUUUUACUAUAUAGAUUUUUAGACAGAACUCUAUUUACUAGAUUUUUUUUUUUUCCUGUUGGCUGCAAACAGUUCACAGCAGUUUUAUUGAUCUAUAAGCAUUAAUAUAUGAUCCUAAAGCAGCACCUAUUGGUACUUGCAAACCUUAUAUCAAAUUAAUUUUUAGACUAAGCCUGCAUUUGAAUUGUUUUAAUAUUUUAAUCUAUAUUCUUCAGAUUUUUCUAAUAUUUUGCUUUUAUCUUCUUUUGUAAAAUCAGCUGCUCUCCUGGCACUUAUCCAUGUUUGUGACUGGGCAGAUGCUGCCAGCACACAGGGGAAACCUGGGUUAACUUAGCAAACUGAUAACCAGCUUUGUGUGAACUCUUAUCCUGAUUGCCAAUGUUACAGGAAGUAAAUCCAGAUAAUGGAAGGAUACCUGGGUCUGUUGAACUUGCUUGGUAGUGCAGGGGCCCUGUUGUGUGCAUGUUUGACUAUGUUUUCACAGAUGUGUUAACUGCUGCUUUACUAUUCACUGUGGACUGCUGCACACAAUCUUGCUGUUGCUCUUCAGUGUUACAUCAGUUGGGUUACAUCAAGCUCCAAUCCACUCUUUUUUUGUUUAAUUUAGGAUUUGUAAAAACAUUUAAAAUGUUGCUUUUUUUUAAUGCUUCAGCAUUUCUGAAGUUGCUGAAAGACUAGCUUAGUUUUUUCUUCUAUAUUGCCCUGAGUUGCAGAUAAUAAAAUGGCAACCGUGUAGCUCAUUCAUAACACAGGACUGUCACUUCAACAUAAAAGAAGUGUAAAAUGAAAACUGGACUGAUUCUGUAUAUCCUAGUUUGACUUUGUGUAUAAUAGGAAUCUGAACAUACUUGUUAGCUUCAACCUAUAAAUGUAACUUUUGAGAGUUCGACUUCCUGAUACUGGGUGAGAGGAUCUGAAAAUGAAAAUGCCACUUCACUGUGGUUGAACAUGCAUCUGUAAAAGUAGCUGUCUUUGCCAAUACAGCAUCUUUACACUGUUUGAUAUCUGUAACUGCUCCUUAGAAAAACCUCCCCCAUUAGUCUUGUUAAUCCCACCCGCAGUGAUUUUAUUCCAGGUGACGGGAUAAUGUUAGCCAUGGUUGGAGGUUUCAUAAGACUGUGGUAAUCUUUUUUUUUUUUUAAACUAGAAGUUCAUUCAUUUUGACGAAAGCAAAUAAAUGAGUUACCAUGAAAUAAAUAUUGGACCAUCUAACUCCAUGUGUGUCUUUGUGCUUAUGUAAUAAAUUUAUAUAUCAGCAA